CGGUGGUGCAUUCCACACUACAACUCUUGCCAGCAUAGCAAGACUACGAAGAGGCAACAUUAUUAUUAUUAUUAUUUUACUGGUCUCUGCCUCUGCUGUCCUGUCUUCUUCUUCUUCUUGAGAGGCAGAACUUGUAACAUCUCUCUACUUAAUUACUUGGUGUCCGAGGAGCUCCAUGCAAAAUUCCGGUUGUACAAGUGCGAGCGAAGGAGAAUAGAAGGAGGAGAGGAGCCAUUUUGGUCAGUGGCCAGGAGAGUGGAUUCUUGCAGAUCCGUGGAGUGGAUGAUGGACGGACGGAUGGACGACGACCGCACCCGGGCACUGCUCACCAGCUUCUUCUUCUUCUUCACAUCAUGACGACGCGUAGUGGUUAAGGGACGUCGGACGACACUCUUUCGACACCAGAAGAUCCUCACCACCUCCUCCUCUGAGAGACGACAAAGGAGGCCGCUCAGCCCGUGGCGUGGAGAAAGCGAGUGGAAAGUAGUGGAAAGUAGUGGAGUGAGUGAGUGAGUGAAAGUGAGUGAGUGACGACGGAGACAAAGAGAGCACAACUUCAACGGAGCAGGAGGAGCAUUGAGCGGAGAGAAAGAGAAAUCCGGAGAGCAUAGAGCGUAUCCCGGAACUUUAAAUCCUCCUUCUUCUCCUUCUCUUAUCACCACCAACAAACAAACUUGACUUACUUUCUCCAUCAUCAUAUUAAAACCUGCAGCAUAAUUAAUUAAUAAGUAAAUUAGUGUGCAACAUCCCCCCAUCACGGCCAUCAGUACAAUUCCGAUCGUAUUACUCAAACUGUGAAACUACACGGUGUACUCACUCUGUGACUGUUAGUGGCCUUUUGUAGAAGCUUAUAACUUCAAUACAAUAACUAAAACGGCGACGAUCGAGAUCGAUGGGACGAUUCAGCGAUUGGUCAUCAAUAGUCAUCAUGAUGAUAACAUGAUGUCAGCAGAAUUAUGAUGACAUGUGUAAAGUUUGAUUGACCGUUUGUGGCUUGUUCUUGUUUUGUUCGCUGUGAACGAUCGACAAUCUUGUUUUGACAAAAUACAAGGGUACCUCUCAAUAUUUAGCUUUGUAAGUCCUCAUGCACGAGCGGGGAGGGAGGAUAAUGGCGGAUAAACGGCGAUAUUACCACGAUAAGGAGGGCGCCAACUCCACAGCGUCAGACACAAGUCGUCACUCGGCGCAGAGGGAUGACGAGCCACCAAACUCGAGACUUUUUCUUCUUUGUGGCAGAAACGUGACGGAAGAGGAGUUGAGAGAAUCUUUCGAACAGUUUGGAGAAAUUAAGGAACUAUGGAUAGUUAAAGAGAAGGAUUCAGGCCAGUCACGAGGCAUCGCGUACAUAAAAUACUCCAAAACGUCUGAAGCAGCCGUGGCGAUGGAAGAAAUGAACGGAAAAUUUAUUGGAAACAAUGCCAAAGCUUUGAAAGUAAUGAUCGCCAGUGGGAGGGAGCAGGGGAGUAAACGAGAAACGAAUGAGACGGAACGACUCCUUCGACUAUUCAUUAUUGUGUCCAGACAGAGCUCAGAGACCGAAAUCCGGGACCAUUUCUCCCAGUUCGGCGACAUUGAACACUGCAACAUUGUCAAGGACAGGAACACGAAAGAGAGCAAAGGCUUUGGUUAUGUUAAGUACUUCAGGAUAUCUCAUGCCGCAAAGGCGUACGAAGGUUGUGAUCGAACAUAUAAGCCAAAGUUUGCAGAUCCUCGGCCCAGCAAGCAGGAAGACCGGUAUAGUAGUGCUCAUGGAUCUACCACAGGCACGUACGAUAUGGCCGAAUACCCCAUGGAACACCAUUUCCAACAGCCCAUGAUGAACCACGUUCAUCACAACCAGCAUCAACACCCCCACACAAUCACUCACAUGGAAUCCCCGUCUAGACUCACAAUCAUUGCACACCGUAGCUUAAAUCAGGACCAACUCUGGAGACUGUGCGACUUUUUCCCCGGUUUGGACUACUGCAAUGUGCGUCAUGACCAAAAACAGUGUUACGCAACCGUGGUGUAUAACUCUGCCCAAGCGGCUGCUCAUGCCAAAGAAAAACUCCACGGGUUUGAAUAUCCCCCUGGACAUCGACUUAUUGUUCGGUUUGACGCCUCAGAUUCUUCCAGUCGGUCAGGUUCUGGGCUACUGGGCACACCACAAUCGGGUGCUGUUAGAUAUAUAACUGGGAGCGGUAUGAACGGAUCUGGAGGACAUUCGGGUGCACCAUCCGCUUUGGGACCCCCUUUGGUCGCGAGAGGAGGAGCCAAUAUGACUCCAGAUCUGGCUGUUUUGGCAGAAACUAUAGCUCAAGCCACGUCCAUGUUUAAUCAAGCUGCAGGCUUGACUGGUGCUCCAAUUUCUCACUCCCACAGUCAAUCAGGAGAGUCCUAUGAUCCAUCCUACUGUUCAGUAAAGCUGCCAUCGCCACAGCCCUUGGCCCCCAUUGAUUCCCCCGUCCUCGAACGAUUAUUCGUAGUUUGUCAACCAAGGCCACCUCCUCUGUACGCCCUUAAAGACGUCUUUGGGAGGUUUGGCAAUCUUAUCGAUAUUUUCAUGCUGUCGGGUAAAAACCACGGGUACGCCAAAUACGCCACGAAGGGAUCUGCAGAUGAGGCUAGAAUGGUAUUGCAUGGGCAAGAAGUGCUUGGAAUGAGACUCAAAGUUCUUCCAGCCGAACCCCAAGAACCGAAAGGAAGUUUGUCGACGAGUCCGAGUGGAGGACCAGUAGAUCCAAAAUGAUAUUAGAAGUUGUAGUGCCGAAAAAAAUGAGAGAUUAUACGUGGAACUCAUCCGUCCAACUCAUGAUCUGACUUCACACAAGCUACCGGUGCAGUAGGAGUAGGAAACACAUUCCGGCCUCAUUUUUACAUUAAUAAUCUAAUCUAUAUUCAACCCGAUGGACCAAGAUAGUCUAUUUAAGAGAUAAUCUAUCAAAGAAAGAAAACAAUAGUAUGACGACAAGAAAUAUAAAGCCUUGGGGGCAGGAUUCCUCCGAAAGGAAGCCAGAGUCAAAAUAAUGUGCCUUUGUUCACGUAUUAUUAUAUCCAGCAGCAGCAGAAAUGACGAAAUAUGGCAGAUUUGCCUGUCCAGUAUUUCAGUUUAAUGUGUUCCGUCAAUAACAAUACAAAUUAUCACAUUAGCAGAGUAAUAAUGGUAGUAGUAGGUACAUAAAAAAUAAUAACUUUAUGAAAAUUAGUGGCUUAAUUAUCUAUGAAACAAUGAGAUUUUUAAGCAAUGAAGGUUCGUCGUUCGUCCGCGUAUACCGAAAACUAGAGUAUUUUCCUAGUUUAAUACUACCUCACACACAUACAAAAGAAAAUGGCAACAGCUACUUUUAGACCGCGGUACCUUGUUUUUUUAGAGUCGUCAUUGCUAUAAUAAUAAGGAGAGCAAGUAAUAACCAGGUGCAUCUGAGAUUCGUUAGUCCUUCGAGUCAAAAGAGGAAGAUGAUAAAUGGUAAUGAGUCGAUAUUUUCGUUUGCUUAUAUACUACCAAAUUGGUGCUGUUAACAUACGAAGCUCUCGAGCAAACAUGCCAAAAGCCAGUAAUAGUGUUUUCAUAUUUUAAUAAUCAUAUUUUAUUAUAUUUUAUUAUAUUGUUUUAUAUAUUUUGUGGUGACGAAUCGUCACUGACGAUGAUGAUGAAAGAGUGUGUGGUGGUGCACAUAUAUUUACACCCACUUACUACUAUUUCCAAACGGUGUCAAUGCAAUUUGGUAAAUCAACCUCUAUUUGUUUUUCUUUUAGAUUGAAUUGAAUUUGGAGACAUUGUCACUGUUGACACUUGAACGAUUGAUUGGCUAGUCUCCUACUCUCCCCUUCCAAACAAAUCCUUCCUUCGCUGUCUCCCUAUUCCUCCUCCCCCUCCCCCCCAAAAAAAUAAUAGGCCCCUUCACUGUGCAUUUCCUUGUACCUCUCCUCCUCUCCUGAACAACUCGAACCUCAGUUUCCUCAAACUAUGAACAACGAGAACAAAAGACGGGACUGGGGACUGCGAUCGGACCUGGACCCAAUAUACUGCUACGCUACUCACUCACUUCCUGUUUGAUACAAGAUUACUAACUGUAAACGAGAUUUGACGAGGACGACGUACAAUUGAAUUCACGAGACUUAUCUCGUCUUCGUCCCUUAUAAAUCCUGAGCUGUGCUGUGGUGUAAAAUCCCAGGUACAAUUAAUGAAAGCAGCAAUGCAUGUGCUGAGAUGAUACGAGUUAUUAUUUCAAUAAUAUAUACCUUCAAUCCUACAGAAUUUUUGCACUUUGCACAGACUAAUAACUCUUAUAUUGAAAUAUAUGAUACUAGGGUACACAGUUGGUCAUAAAGAUAUUAACGCUAAAUAUUACACAAGGAAUCUGAAUAUAUGUUGAGUAUGAAGGGUAUAUAAAUACAGGAAAAGAGAAGAGCUUUGAAAUUGCCUGGUUGGAAGUGUUUCAAAAAAAUUCAUUUUCCAUAAAUACAAGAAACCUUCCACGUUCCAAUUUACAUAUGAUUACAAUUCUUAUGCCACCUUCGUUUCUUGCAUCAAUAUCAGUUUAUAAGCUCCACCAACUUGGCCAUACAGUGGAUAAGUGUGAUUGAUGAUAGUAACAGAAAUUUUCAGUUCAGUUGGAGCACGAAUAGAGUUGACCUACUUUCUAAUUCCUUCAUGCAUACAUGCACACUCGGAAUUAAAUUAAUCCAGAAGCACAAGGAAAGUUAGACCAAAAGAAAGUCGUCUAACCUUAUUUUUUAUCAAUAAGGCGAGUUUUUUAGGUAACUGCUUACGGUUGCUAUUAUUAAUUACAAUUAUCGUAUCGUCUUUCUUACAUUUUUUAAAAAGCAAGUUUAUAACAAAAUAGUCAAAUUUUAAAAGUCCUUUCGAACAUUACGUACAUAAAUAAAUAUGCGUAAUGAAUCUGCACUUUUUUAAGUACUUUUACACGGAAAAUAUAGACAUGUAAGUUUCUGCCUAUGCAGGCUAAAAAAUAAGCUAAUUAUACAUCUAUUAAAUAUUGCUAGAAAAGGGGUAUUUUAUUUUGGAAUGCAUGCAUCCAUACUUUUAUUCGUUAAAAUACGACAUUCAGUUUGAUAAUGACUCGGUUUUAUUGAUUGUGUCCAAGUUUUUUGUCUCUAAUGACUCUGCUGGAGCUGACAAUUUAUGGACAGACACAUGUAGAUCACUUGAAGAUUAAAAUGUUUGACACAAUACAAUUUACAAUCAACGUGUACAUUUUGUAAAAAAAACAUACAGAUAAUAUAUAAGUUUACGAUGACUAGAGUUACAUCGAAAAAAUUUGGGAUAAUAUGUAAUACUGGGACUAUAAUUUAUCAAAGUUUAGAUCUACAUAUAGAGUAUUCAGUGCUCUGUUUUUUAUCCAGUGUUUAAUUUUAUGUUACAGUUAUUUUAUUGUUCCAUUUUUCCAACACGUUGAUUGACAGCACUUGAAUAAUAACACGGAAACAGAAACGAUAUAAAAUAUGCAUGUUGUGCGUUUUUUAAGUACUCAACACAAGAACAAAUACUGAAUGAACCCAUAAUAGUAACAGUGAAUGCCAGAGAAAGUCGAGGGAGAAUGGUUGACAAAAUGUGAACGGAAUUUUACGAUAGAGAAUUUAUUUGAUUUACCUGAAUAACUUAAUUGAAACAAACAUGAAAAAUCGGACCCCUUUUUUAAUCGAUUGCUUGCUUUGUAUGAAAAUGAACAUCACACAAUAAUUGGACAGACGUUAUGAUUAUGAACAAAUAAAAGUCUUUAAAAACCUUGUAGAUUUCUAUUUUCCCCGUAUCGUACCACUAAAUAAAUGUUGCUCAAUUAUUAAUUAAUAUCAAAUAAUACUUAAAUCUGUAAUAUUCGAUUUAUGAGAAUGUUUGAAUUCAAGCAGUUUUUGGACUGUAAUUACUCAAGUUUAAUUACAAUUGCAUCCAAAAAUAUUAAAUGAGUUGCCAUUUUCCGUACUUGCAGAGAGAGAGUUAGUAAAAAAAAAAGUUGUACAUAUUUUACUCUUGGUUGGUUCUGCGAUAAAUUUCGAGUGAGAUUCAUGUGUUGGCAAAAUCUAAGGAUUCCAACAAUGUUGAAGAGUACAAUCUUACGUUUCUUGUUGUUCAAUAUUACAAUGAUUAUGCAUCCAAUCGUAUCUGUAUCGUGGAUUCGAUUCGUCACACUUUGCCGUUUUACGCCGUAUUAUCACAGAAACCGGACAGUGCAAUAGUUCUUCAAAUAAGCUACUACUACUUUCUUAUUGUUGUAUGCAUUUUGCCGCUGUAUAAGUUGUUAUCAUCAUGCUGUUGCUAUUAUUAUUGUUAUAUAAUUGCUAUACUCCUAUCUUUAGUAGAAAUAGUGGUAGAAAAAUAAUGUUGUUAUUCUUACAAUGUACUUGGACCGGUUGAAAAUAUUUUUCACACAAGUUUAAUAAUGUUUUAUGAUGUGAAUACUGGAAAAUAUAUUUGAUGUACUAAAUAAAACCUUUAAAUAAUGCAAGAAACCAUUGUAGGUUAUAGAGUAUCAUCACGAAAAAUAUAUGUGUGUAAUUUAAGGAGAAAUAAAUGCCAGUGAUACAGAUCA